UUCUUCUUUAUUUUAUAAAAAAUUUAAAAACUGAGUUAGAUGGUACAUUAUGGUAUAUAUACAAUUUGCAUAAGAAUGCAUAUUAUAGAACAAAUGUUGUUGGUAUGAUAAAACAGUGUGUGAUAAAGAAAUAUAUAAUAAUUUGGAUAAUCGAUUCAAUGUUUUCUGAAUAAAAAUUGUAUUAGUGAUUAUACUUGACUACUACAAUCUUUAAAAAGAAAACAAAAAAAUGACUGGCAUUUUAUACAUACCAGAAAUAAGAAACAACAACAAUAUAAAAAGAUUUAUCGCUUUUCAGAAACAAAAAGAAUUAUCAUUUUCGUGGUUUUUUUUUGAGUAAGCAUAAGUUGGAAAAUGUCAAAUCUCUUUCUUGAUUACUUCCCAGGUUACAUCGGGAGAGUCUCAACUUUUUCUUUCAUUUCAAUCUUAUGAAUGCUGCCUAUCUAUAACAUGCAUGAUUCUCAACAAUGAUAUAAGUAAUACUUUUUAAUCAUUUACUAACCACAACCUAUUGUUUCUAUAACUAUUUUGAAUGGAGAUCACCCGCCCAACUCAAAAAUUGAACCAGUCCAGCCGUAACCAUUCACAACCUGAAAAUCUUGACUGGAGAAACGUGUUUAGCAGUAUACUACGUAGGCAUCUCCAACCAUAACACUAAAUUUGGUAUUUUAGUAUUAAAUUUUAUUUUUUCAUCAUCAAUCACCACACCAAAAUAAUUUUUAUAUUAUUAAUUUUUUUUGGUUUUGGUAGUCUAAUACAUUAAUUAUUUAUAAUUGUCUAACUAUAUUAAUUACAUUUAUUUUUAAAUUUAUUUAUCAAAUUUGGUAAUUUUAUUUUUCUGUUUAUUUAUAUAUUUUAUUUUUUCUUUUAUUUAAUUUGUAUACUUAUUUAUUUAUUAUAUUUUAAAUAUUAGUCAAAAUUUAAAUUUAAUACAUUUAGAAUAAAAAAUAUUAUUUUGUUACGAUUUAUUGUAAUUGACAUUACUCAUUUAAUCAUAUUAAUACAAUUAUAAAUAAAUAAGAAUUAGUGUUUUUACUUUUUAGUAAUGUGAAAAUGAAAAUAAAAAUUACAAAAUAUUAUGAUAUAUUCAUUUAAGUAUUAGCUAAACUAAUUAAAAGAACUAAGGUAUCUAUAAUUAAAUUUAUAUUAAUAAAAUAUAUUAUUUUAAUAUUUUAUGUGAUGAAUAAGUUACAUCAAAUUUGAUGUAACACUAUUCACACGACACCAUAUUUGGUGGGAUGGUGUCACUUUUGGAGUCUCGUUGAAAAUGAAAUUACAAUAAAUUUGGUGUUUUGGUGUCUCAUCGGAGAUGAUCUUACUCUUCUUCAAACGUUUUUGUGGUAACAUAUUUAUGAUUAAAAUUAGUACAAAGUAGUGUUUUCCUCUCUACAAGUUUUUUUUUUUUUUUGUCAUCUCCUCUCUACAAGUUAGUAAGUCAAUUUUCGACAAUUUCAUGUCAUAUUUGCAACAUAUUAUUCUCAGUUGGUGAAAAUGGUUUUGGAACCAGAAGAAUGUCAUGCAUAUGCAUCAUACCUUGAAGAUAUUCAUCGCCUGAAAGAAAGUUUUCCUACUUUCCUUCUCACACAUGUACCUUAGACUCAGAAUACAAGGACAGAUAAUCUUGCACAUGGUGCACGAAGUCAGUCCUAUUUGGUCCAUAUGGACACAAAGUCACCCGUUUGGUUAGCAAAAUCUUAAUCGAAUAUUGUUUAUGUUGAUGACAAAAGAAAAAAAAAAGUUAGCUAGUCAAUCUCUUUCAACAGUCUAAUGCUUUCUAAUUGUGUUCUCAUCUCCAUUUAAAAAUGAUUAUUGAAGUGAUAAAUUAAUCAAAAUUUUUUAAUAAAACAAAGGGGAAACAUGUAUUAUGCUAAUUACAAAAACAAACAUGUUUUAUCUAAUUAUUUUUCACUACUUAGCUUUAGUAAAGAAAAAGCAUAUGGAAGUUCCUUAAAAUUGUAUUAUUAUGUUAUUAUUUUUCUCUACUUCAGUAAAAGUUUAUUAUGAAUGUUUCUUUAACAUUUAUAUUAUGUUAUUAUUUGUCUCUAUUUUAGUGAAAAAGCAUAUAUAGUUCCUUUACAUAUAUAGAUAUAAUGCUAUUAUUUUCUCCAUUUUAGUAAACAAAUCAUAUGGUAGUUCCUUAACAUAUGUAGUCUGUUAAUAUACACUUAUACACACGUUCAUAUCCUAUAUAUCAGAAGUAAAACUUGUCUUCUUCCUCCCUCUCCUGCGAGAACAAUGGCGCAACAGCUUUUCUAUUCCUCUCCUUAUUCUUAUUCUUCAACCUCAAAGGGUUGUCAUAUCUUUCUCACGAGCCGCAACGGUCUCCUCCUCCUCGUGACUCUCCUCAUCAUCCUCGGUGUAUUCUUACCCUGGGCAGGAACUCCCUUAUUCCUGUUUCCUAACAGAACCUCUUCUUCUUCAUUGCCCACCAACUGGCGCAACUAUUCUCUCGCUCAAGCAGCCAAGUUCGUCGCUAAGGACGGUACAGUGAUCGUAUGCACCGUUAGCUAUCCCUUCUUGCCUUUCCUUAACAACUGGUUAAUUAGCGUAUCUAGACAGAAGCAUCAAGACAAAGUCCUCGUGAUAGCUGAGGAUUACGCUACUCUCUACAAGAUUAACAACAAGUGGCCCGGCCAUGCGGUUCUCGUCCCCCCAGCUCUCAAUUCUGAGACCGCACAUAAGUUCGGUUCCAAGGGUUUCUUCAAUUUUACAUCUCGGAGGCCGCAACAUCUCUUGCAACUUUUGGAGCUAGGUUAUAAUGUGAUGUACAACGAUGUUGAUAUGGUCUGGUUGCAAGAUCCUUUUCAGUAUUUACAAGGAAGCCAUGACGCAUACUUCACCGAUGACAGGACUAGAAUUAAGCCUUUGAACCAUUCCCAUGGUUUACCACCUCCGGAUCGAAUGGGAGUGACUUAUAUAUGUAGCUGCAUGAUAUUCUUGCGUCCCAAGUAUGGAGCAAAGCUUCUCAUGAAGAAAUGGAUUCAGGAACUUCAUGCUGGUUCUAACGCAUACGAAGGAAACGAUCAGCCUGCUUUUAACUGGGCACUCAACAAAACCGCUCAUCAGCUAGAUCUAUACUUGCUACCGCAAGCAGCGUUUCCAACAGGGGGAUUGUAUUUCAUGAACAAGACAUGGGUUGAAGAGACAAAGGGGAAACAUGUCAUAGUCCACAACAACUACAUUAUCGGUUACAAUAAUAAGAUGAAACGUUUCCAUGACUUUGGUCUAUGGCUAGUUGAUGACCAUGCUUUUGAGUCCCCACUGGGAAAACUAGAGUAAAAUUUGAAUGCCUUGUUAUGUUUGAAUGUUAUAUCAUAGAAGAGGGGACAACUCUAUUUCUUGUUAUAUCUGACUCUAAGCUCGGAAUACCUGAGUUAUCAAAAGAGAGAGAGAGUAAAAUGUUGUUGUCCAGAUGACCAAUCCAUUCACAAGAAAACAGAACGAAAAGAGACAUUUCUAUAUUGACUGUGCUCAAGGAAGAUGCAUAUGUGUAUAAUUUAUAAACACUUUUUUACCUGGCCAUAGUAACACAGAUGAAAGAAUCUGAUUAAGUCAUGUUAUGUCAAAUCUUUAAGACCUCUCAUCUAGAAACAGAGAUCGGUUUUUUUUUUUUUUGUUAGCAGAAACAGAGAUCGGUUAAAGGAUUGAAGAGAGGAAUAUCUGAAAAAAUUAUAUUAUUAACCAAAUAUUUAUUCGAUAUGUAAAAUAAAUAAACUAAAAAUUAAAUUUUCAAAUAAGUAUAAUAAUAAUUUAUUGUAAGAUAUAAUAUUUCAAUAUAAAAAUUAAUUUGUUUUAAAUAUAAUCUAAGAACUAUAUAAUUAGUUUGUGAAUAUUUUUUUUUACAAAACUUGCAAAGGUGUAUCCAAUCGAGAGUUUAUUUUUUAUCAUUUGUUUAAAAAUGCUAGAUCUACUGUUUAAGCUUAGACAAAUUUAUCCGGAAUCGAAAAAUUGAACCGUACCGAAUCAAAAAACCAAAAUCAAAACAGAAUCAAAUUUCAUAAAUAUCCGAGCGGAUCAUAUAUCUUUAGAACUGAAAAACAAAAUCUGAUAAGAACUAAAAUCGAGAAUCGAAUGAGUACAUGAAUUUUUAAAAUACAAAUUAUAUACCUAAAAUAUUAAUUAUAUUUAGUUUUAAAUAACCAAUUAUCAUAACAAAAUAUUUAUAAACUGAAUUACUCAAAACCCAAAUUAUCCGAAUAUUUAAUCUGAAAUAUUAAAAAUUUCGAACUACCUGAUAUCUGAAUUCCUUGAAUUACCGGAUAUUUAAACUGAAAAAUCCGAAUUUUUCCCAUAUUAUCCAAAAAAUUUCAAAAACCGGAACCAAACUGAAACGAAUUGGAUCCAAAUUGUUUUGGAUAUUAGCCGGUUCCAACUCUUUCUACUUGAACCUAACCAAAAACCAAAAAACCGAAACGAAACCAAACCAAAUUUUGUAAAUACUCGAACG